GUGUCGCUUUCCCUCCUCACGUGAAAGGGGCUCCUGAAAGGGCCAAGGGUGCUGAAACCCGCUGAGAGUGGAGAGAGGAGCGAGCGGGCGAAGAGAGGUGUUGCUGCUGCCGCCGCUCUAACCCGUAGGAAGGGGCGAGCGGGGAGUUGCAAGCCUUGGAAGCACUCGGCACGGCGUGGGGGACAACUACGAGCCAAGCCCGCUCAGCGACGGGCGCCAGGCGUCAUGUCCAUGGAGGACCCCUUCUUUGUGGUGAAAGGGGAAGUUCAGAAGGCAGUUAAUACUGCUCAGGGGUUGUUCCAGAGAUGGACAGAACUCCUACAAGAUCCGUCAACAGCUACAAGAGAAGAAAUUGACUGGACCACAAAUGAGCUAAGGAACAAUUUAAGGAGCAUUGAGUGGGAUCUUGAAGAUUUAGAUGAAACAAUUAGCAUUGUUGAAGCAAAUCCUCGGAAAUUCAAUCUUGAUGCCACAGAACUAGAUGUGAGAAAAGCCUUCAUCACAAGCACUCGGCAAGUGGUUAGGGAUAUGAAGGAUCAAAUGUCAAAUACUUCUGUUCAAGCGCUGGCUGAAAAGAAAAACAGGCAGGUGCUUCUGGGAGAAAGUAGAACUCACAGCUGGAGUUCCAGGACGGAUAAAUACAGCCGCUUGGAUCGAGAACUGCAGUCUGCAAAUUCACACUUCAUUGAAGAUCAGCAAGCACAGCAGCAGUUAAUCAUUGAUCAACAGGAUGAACAGUUGGAGCUGGUCUCUGGAAGUAUUGGAGUACUAAAGAAUAUGUCCCAACGCAUUGGAGGGGAGUUGGAUGAACAAGCUGUCAUGUUGGAUGAUUUCUCUCAUGAGGUGGACAGCACCCAGUCUCGGCUAGAUAAUGUUAUGAAGAAACUUGCAAAAGUAUCCCAUAUGACUAAUGAUCGAAGACAGUGGUGUGCAAUUAUCAUCCUCCUUGUUAUCCUUGUGGUGGUGCUUAUUCUGUUUUUUGUGCUGUGAUAGUUUGGGGCUCGGAUUCUUUUCUGGGCUCCUUUUGUGCAGACAUCUUAGCGCUGUUCCUGUCCUCCAGAGAAAACUCUUACGGAAAAUACCCUAAGAGAGUUUGAUACUGUGUUCUGCUGUGGAUGGCUAUCAGUGACAUAACUCUCUGUCCUCGUGGUUCUUCUUCUCAUAUCCUCCUUAUCUUGCUCAAGGAAGAAAUGGGGCAUUCAUACACACAAAUACUACUUACACUGGAAGUGGAUUCCCUGGGCUGUAACAUUGGACUCUACAAAUGCUCUGCUAUGGGACAGGUGGUUUAGACUGGAAGAAACCACUGUGCGGUCAUUCCCAUCACAUCGCAGAGCCACCAGAUGCCUUUUCUCUGCUUAUCAUAACAGGACUCUUGCCAGUGUUAAACGAACAUACAUAUAUAUGUCGACUCACAAGCAGAUCUUGCAGAAAUUAUUCCAUCACCUACAAGAUUCCUUUCCCAGGCCUUUUACAGCACAGCCAAGCCUGCCAAAUAAUCAUGGACCUUUAAAGGAGGAAAAGCCACUCAUACUGAGAAUAUUUGUUUUCCUCCAGAGUAGAACUGUGCACUUGGAAAUGUCAAGGGUACAUAGUUUGCACCCACUGUUGUAAUGCUAACUAAUGUUAAAUAGAACAAUAGAAUGUUAUACACAGAAAGCUGCAGGCCUAAAUCUAAACUAAAGUCAGUCUCAAUACUCAGCAUUCCUGAAAAUAGAGGAAAUGGCAAAUAGAGUCCUAGCAAGUCUGGGCAUAGGGCUGGAAUUCAGUUUUGCUACAGGGAGGCAGACUGGCCCUGGCAGGCUAAUACAGGCCAUAAGUAAAAUAUGUGCAUGUUUGUGUUGUACAUCAGACAGCUGUAGUGACUCUACUUUUCAGACCUGUAAUCUCAGUUUUACUGCAGUGUAGAAGACAAAAUCAGUAGGCAUACUGUGGUUGCUAAAAUCUUGUGUUUUUGUGGCUUUGAUUAUCAGUUAUCUGAAAAGAGAAGCUUAUAUUUGAGUUCUGCUAAUUUAAGAGAUGCUUCUGCUGGAUAGAUGUCAAGAUUUAAAUGCAGGAAUGGGGGGGGGGGAAUGGCAAUCUGCAUCUUCCUUCUGUCUUGUGUUUACAUCUUGGGGAGAAUAUAUACUCCUCUAGAUGCACAAACACACAAGGAAACAAAAUUGCACAACUCCUUUAUUGUUUCCAGAACUUAAAAGUGUGUAGCAAAAUUCACUCCAAAAGAAUACGGAAGUAUUCUAGUUCUUUUAUGAUAAAAUAAUGUUGCCAUUAUUUUACCAUUUUGAUAGUUUGGUGGAAUUAACUGCAGAUUAAUAAAUAGAUAGGAUCAUGGUUUCUCCUGGAUCUUACCUUUGGACAUUUCCCCACGACAGCCUGUUAACAAAGAAAGCUCCAUUUCCCUUGAUUCUGUCAUAAGGUGGUUUACUUGAACUCUACAAGAUCAUCACUUUCUUCCUAAAAUGUAUGUGGUAUGAAAUUUUGGGAUGUUCUGUCCAGACAUCAUGAUAACAAGAAAGGGAAUAUUUUGGAAGGUAAUGUGUAUUUCUUUGUUAACUUUAAAGUGUGUAAGCUUGGCCUGCUGUUCUUUGUGGUUCCCUUGUACUUAUUCUGCUGGGAGUAGAGAUUUUGGAUUUCCACCAAAGUUCCUUUAAGCAUUAAUGUGUCUCAUUUGGACUCCUUUUCCAUUAAGAAACCCCAUGCUAAAGUUGGCAAGGCUUUUGAUGUCAAAAGCUGAGUUUCAUUUGCACCCAGUUCCCUACCACCAAUGAGAUUCAGAUAUUGCAUUUCUGUUAUUACAGCUGUAAUAUCUUAAGUAUCUGAAGAUUUUUAUCUGAGCACGUAGAGCCUGUAGGUUCUUGUUUUUCUGUUCUGAUCUAUUGUUGUGUUAAGUUAGGCUAAUUAGAAAGGAGCACUUGUAGGAAGUUUUGCUGAUUACAUUUCUAACAGAACUUCAGUUUUGCAAUUGCUAAACUGACUUUGGGUGGAGAUACAUGGAUUGAAAAUAUGUUUCUUCCAGCAUUUUGAGUGGGAGAAGUUUCUGAUCUCCCUAUUUGAUUUUCCCAAUAUGAAAGCCUGAUUUCUUCAAAUCACGAGGAGCGUUGGUCUUCUUGAAUAGCUGGGAGCGUUGUAGGCCCAGUUUUCAAUUUCUUAUUGACCUGCUGUUCAGAAGCAUGUGAGGAAGUCCAAUUAUCUGUGAGGUCUAGUUGAUGUCCAUAUUCUAACAAGGUAAUCAGAAGUUGAUUGAGGCAAAUCUCAAGAGUAGCUGCCUAAUCUUCUCUGCUCCCAAAAACAUCAGUAAGAGCAACAAAGUAGUAUUCUGAGCAGAGUUUAAAUAGUUGUUUCUCAACUUUUAUCAGUUUUAAGAUAUGUGGAUUUCAGUUCUCAGAAUUCAAGGUGGUUGGGGAGUUCUGGGAGUUGAAGUCCAUAUAUCUCGAGAUGGCUAAAGUUGAAAAACAUUGGUUUAAUCCUAGGCAAAUGGGAUAGCAUUUACAGCUUGGAAAAAAAAUUAAAGACAUUUUGAAAGCCAAUUGAGACACGUCUAUGCAUAUUUCUCUACUAAUAGAGAAAUAAAGUCAAAAGAUACUGUGAUACUGUCCAAUGCUCCAGAAUUUUUUGCAGCAUGUUGAAAGAAUAUACUAUAUCCAAAUUAAGUGAUGGCAACAAGUGAAACACCCCCUCUUUGUUGCCAGCUAAGAAUUAUAUGGAUUCUUGCAGGACCAAAAGAACUCCCCUGCUGUCAGGCUUCCCUAGCAGCCAUAGAGAGUUUUUUUUUCAUUUAAGAAAGCCUGGGAUUUUAUUUAUGUGCCGUAAUUUCCCCUCCACUCAACGUAAUUUCAAUUCUUCACUCUCAACUACCCAUGUGUUGCAGUAAAUCUGUCUGGAAAAUAAUGCUUUGAAACGUGAUCUCUUGAAUGUUUUGUAAGGAUUGAGUUUAAAAUCUAAAUGUACUUUCUUAACCAUUACUUAAAGGUGUAAAGCUACUCCUCGGCUUGUGGCCACAAUUGGGACCAGAAUUUUGGUCGUAAGCCAUUGCGACCAGAAGUCGACGCACCACUGACUGACCUGAUUUUUUUCCCCAAUGGAAAAAUGCCAGAAACUGGCAAAACAAAAACCAUUGCAAAUUGGGGUCACAUGACCAGAGGACACUGCGACUGGUGGUAAAUGUGAACCAGUUGCCGUGUGCCCUAAAAGUGGUCAUGGAACUGCAGGGAGGCAUUGCAACAUUUCAUGAUGGCUGGAAAUGCUUCACAAGCUGUAAAACAUCCUUUCCGAGGCCAUUGUAACUUUUGAGUGGUCGUUACAUGACCAGCCAUAAGUCAAGGACUAUCUGUAUGUUACACACUUUUAGUCAGUAUAAGAAUUGAACCUAGUUCAAAACGUGUGUUUUUUAACAUUCUGCAGCAUGUGUCACCAGAAUAUUUUAAUGCUUUUUUUAAAAAAAAUCCCAAACGUUUUCUGUAAAGCUUAAGCUCUUAAUAUUUUCAGGGGAGUGCUGACACUCCAUCAUUGUGUGACUUAUGUGGGUUUUGACUUGAAAUCUUGCUUGUACUUGAUCUCUCUUCUGCCCCACUCCCUUACACUUCUCUAAAGACGGAAAGCAUUGAGCUAACAAAAGUCUCUUUGAAUGGCUAUCUUUUCAGUACCGCCAUAAUGAAGAAUAUCUUUGUGUAUCUGGACAAUUCUGGCUCGGCUGCUACUUCAGAAUAAGCUGGGUUUUUGUUUUGAACUAAAUUCCAUGAAACGACUAUUUUGAGAUGCGAGACUAGAAGUGCUGCUCUUAAGAAACCAAAAGAAGCAUCUUCACCCCGUGCCACUUCCACAGGAGGACAAAGCUUCAUGGCUCCAGGUGCUUCCAGGCAGAAGAUGCAAACCAAUCAUCCGAGUCUAAAAGAUGACAGCCUACGUGGACCCACUCCAAAGAAAACGAUUGUUUCAAUGUUCUAUGUUUGGAAUUGAACAAUGGAUUCUACAGGAAAAAAGACAACAUGCUUUAGAAAGAAAUAUUGUGUGCCGGGUCAUUUAAAUAUAUCUUGCAGAAAACACUACUAAACUGGCUGACAUCAUUCCAGGCUUUGAGUGUGCUGGCCUCUUUCACAUCAACUCCCUAGUGAUAGAUUUUGCAGGAUUUUUACUCCAGGAGUGAUUCAACCCCUUUUGCUGCAGAGAUGUGCCAGAUUAUUUGCAAAGGUAGCUGACAUCUUCAUACUUGCUGAAGGAUCUGCAAGGGAAAUGCCUUUUUCCAUUAAAAAGGAGGCAUAUGAGUGGCCUCUAACCCUGAAAUGGUGACUGCUUGAUAACUUAAACGUGUGAAUCCUUAGAGGUACGUCAGGCAAUAGAACCUAGGGGCAGGCAAGAACAUCCCAACAGCUUAAUAAAGUAUGUUCGUGCAGAUUUCCCAGAAAUGUUAAGGCACAGUUGGUGUAUUAACAUGCAUUAAGUAAUCACUGGAUGGAUAGUUGCUUAUUUAUACUGUAGUUUUCCACCCUCCCCUUCCCCUGCUCUCACCAUUAAUUUAGAACAGCACUAUUGUUUCAUUUACUUCGUAUAUCAAAAGACUCUACUAGCAGCAGUAGACAGCAGCUGUUCAUUCUUGUGUGUGAGGCCUUUAUGUUAUAUUUUGAUUAUAACAGAAGGAGCUUGUUCCCAGUGCCAUUAGACUGAAUUGUGACUGAGAGGUUCUCUUGCAAGGUGAGAGGUGUACAAAGCUGCUUAAACAUAUUUACUACUCUC